AUGUAUUAAGUAGGGGAGAAUAAGGAAUUUGAGAUAGAUACAAGAAAAGUAAUUGGAUCAGGUAGUUAUGGUAGAGUAUUUGAAUGCUAGAGUAAACUUAAUCCCGAAUUAAAAUUAUGUGCCAAGGUCACUAAAAUAUUUAAUGAAAAUAAUAAUAAGUAGUAAUUGGAGAAAGAUAUGUGUAGAGAAAAACAAAUAACAGAAAUUGUUUAAAAAAAUAAAGAUAAUCAAAAUCUGGUCUAAGUUUAUUAUGUAAAACAUGAUAAAGAAGCCUCAUAACUUAUUGUGAUCAUGGAAAAGUGUGUAUCUAAUCUUGAUACGGAAUGGAAAACGAUAAAUGUUUACUAAGAAUAUGAGGUUAUAGAUUUUCUAAGUUAAUUCUUGAAUGGGUAUAGAGCCUUGUACGAUUAAAAUGUUAUUCACAGAGAUAUUAAGCCAGAAAACAUUCUAAUCUAAUAUAUUGGUGAUUAAAAGUUCUAUAGAUUGGCUGACUUUGGUAUAGGAAGAAUUUACAAAUUAAAUGACUUUAAAUUAACAAAAGUAGGAACACCUAUUUUUGCAUCACCAGAAUUAAAUUCAUUGGUUUCAGAUUAGGAUCUAGAUUCGAAAUUUGGGCUAAUGAAAAAAGACAAAUAGAAAAGUGUUGUUGAUAUAUACUCUCUUGGCAUACUAUUACAUUUAUUGGUAAUGGGAGGUUAUCCAUGUGAGACAACUCCAAGCGGAAUUAAAUCAUUUAUGGCCAAGAUUAAAACAGAGAAAUUUAAACUUAAUGCAACAAUUAAUCCAAAAUUAGCAGAUCUCAUUGAAAGAAUGAUUGUUUAUAAUCCAUAAGAUAGAUUGACAUUUGAUACUCUUUAAUAAGAAUGUAAUAGAUUAACAAUGAUGAGAAUUCCAGUUAAGAAGCCAAUCAUUUUUAAGCCAGCUUGCGAUCCAAAUUAGUUAAGUUAGCAGAUUUCUUAAAGUAAUUAACAAACAACCCCAAAUACCAUUUAAAAUACUCCAUUAAAUCCUUAACCUUUUUAAAAAAACAUUCAAUAAAAUGGUUAACAAUCUAUGUAAUUUACUGCUUCAACCUUUAUUCCAAAUCAACCUUAAGGCCUAAAUCGACCUUAAGGCCUAAAUCAACCUUAAGGCCUAAAUCAACCAGCUCCUUAACCCACAUUUCCACCUCCCUCUGGUUAAAACGUAAUUGUAAACCAACCUCCCAGUUAACACUUAUUUGGAACUCAAGGUCCUUUGAAUAUAAAAGAUGAAAUCUGCAAUUAUUUAAGAAAGAUUUUAAAAAUUCAUAAAAACACUUUAAGUCCGUAAUGCAUAAAGACUUUUGAGGAAUUUAUUUUAGAUAGGGCUACAUUAAAUGAAAUUGGAAAUUUUUAUAAUAAUUUUGACAAAAACACAAAUUAUAGUUAGGAGGAGAUGUAAUUUUAUUACUGCUUAAAAUAUGGGUUGUUAAAUUAAUAAUAAGUAAGUAGAAGGUCAUAUGAUGAUCAAAAAAAGGAUUUGUCUUAAUGAGAAUGAAUUAUAAAUUAUUAAAGUUUAAACAAUUAUCA